AAUACGCUUUUUUUUUCUUUUUUUCUUUUUUUCAUUUUAGAAAUUUCAUUCAUGGAGUCCAUUAUAGGGCCAGUUCUUGGAAGUGUAGUAGGCGAACAUGUAGAUUGCCACAGAAACUUCCAAAAUGAUGUGGAUGAUCUCAAAAAAAGAGUGGCAGAUCUAAAACGCAGAAUAAAUGAUAGAGUAGCAGAACUACUAACAGUGGAUGACUUGGAAAAACAAGUUAAAGAAGAAGUGGAGGGAUGGCUUGAAGAUGCAAGGAAGGUCAUUGAAAUUGAAAUGCCAGAUAUUGAAGAACAGGUGCAGAAUGUUUCAUAUUUGUCACGUGGUAACCUUGGGAGACGUGUUCGUCAAAAGAUUCAAGAUGUGAGGGAAAUUUACGAUCGAGGUAGUUUCCCUGAAGGUCUUGUAAUUGAAAGGUCUCCAACAAUUGGAAUCACUUUGCCAACAGAGAAUAUGGUGGGUGAGGUUAAUGUGAAGGAAAAAAUUUGGGAAUACUUAAUGGGUCACGAGGUGGGAAUUAUUGGAGUUUGUGGAAUUGGUGGAGUUGGUAAAACCACUGUUAUGAAACACAUCAAUAAUGAAUUAUUGAAUGAGGCUAGCAAGUUUGAGAAGGUUGUCUGGGUUACAGUAUCACAUCCUCUCAAUGUUUUCAGAUUGCAAGAUGACAUUGCUAGGGCAAUGAAGAAAAAUCGUUCAAAUUCGUGGGAUGAAUUGAGAAUUGGAAUCCCUGAACCAACAAUGGAAAAUGGGUGUAAAAUUGUUAUUACUAGCAGAUCGAUUGAUGUAUGCAACUACUUGAGAUGUCAGGUAGUUAAAGUACCACCUUUACCAGAGCAAGAGUCUUUGAAGUUGUUUUUAGAUAAGGUUGGGCAAGAUGUUCUACGAAUUCCCAAUUUGGAAGAGAUUUUGAAGCUUAUGGUGGCUGAAUGCGCUGGUUUGCCAUUGGCCAUUGUUGUCAUUGCGGGGAGCAUGAGAGGAGUAGAAGAUAUUUUUGAGUGGAGAAAUGCAUUACGUGAAUUGCGUCAAUGUGUUGUGGACACAGAGAAAGAUUUAGAAGAUGAGAUAUUUAAACGUUUGAAGUUCAGUUAUGAUCGUCUACCAAAUUCAAGCAUCCAAAAAUGUUUCUUAUAUUGCUCAUUGCAUCCGGAAGAUUGGAUGAUCAGCAGACAAGACCUAAUUGAAGCCUGGAUUUGUGAGGGAAUUGUUGAAAAAUUAGGAAGCAGAAGAGAAAUGCAUGAUAAAGGAAAUGCUAUUUUAAAUAGGCUUUUAAACUGUUGUUUGUUAGAGGAAGCCUUUGGAAAGGUGCGUGUUAAGAUGCAUGAUGUUGUAAGGGACAUGGCAUUGUGCAUCAAGAGCACGGGUCCUGGUAUGUUUAUGGUAAAAGCUGGAAUGAGAUUGACAAAGAUACCGGAUGAGGAUGAAUGGAAUGAAGAUCUAGACAAGGUCUCUCUCAUGGAAAAUGUAAUUUCAUAUAUCCCUCCAAAUAUGUCCCCCAAAUGCUUGAUGCUCUCAACCUUGAUUUUGGAGGGUAAUUACGGAUUGAGACAAAUUUCAGAGUGUUUUUUUGCUAACAUGCCCCUGUUGAAGUUUCUUGAUCUUUCUAGAACAGGCAUUGAGGUUCUACCUAAUUCCAUAUGUAACUUGGAAUAUCUCACUGCACUGAUCCUCUGUGGAUGUGAGCGUUUAGAACGCAUGCCUUCCUUGUCAAAGCUUAAAGCAUUGAAGAAGUUGGAUUUGGAUGGAGCAGGCCUUCGUGAGGCUCCUGAAGGCAUUGAAAUGUUAAAAAAUCUAGAAUAUCUUGAUUUAUCUUGUCCCAACCUGAGGAUGCUACCAGGGGGAAAAAUCAGUAAGCUCUUCCGUCUCCAAUUCCUACUUAAACGUCGGAUUUUUUCAACUGAAAUAAGAGGAGAAGAAGUAGCAAGAUUGAAGAUGCUGGAAUGGUUUGAAUGUAGAUUUGAUUGGCUGAAAGACUACAGCAGUUUUGUUAGCGAGUUGAACCAUUUUGGAAGACCCAGUCAUUACUCUCUUAAUGUGGGAACCGCAAUCAACAUGGAGGGGUAUUUUUGGAAGUUCAACAAUAAUGAUCUUCCUAAACAGGUAAUUUUAAUCGGAUGCCAGAUGGGAGAAGGAGAUGAGUUUGUCCUUCCAGAUGACCUUAAGGAUUUGACGAUUCAAAGCUGCAAAACGGCCAGUGAUAUUUCUAUUUUUCAGAGAGAUUUUACUCAAUUGCGAACAUGUGCUUUGAAAUACUGCCAAGGGAUAGUGUGUGUGGUCUUUUUGUCGUCAUCUUCAUCUAAUUCCUUGACAGUAAUGAAUAACCUUGAAGUACUAACUCUUGACGGUUUGGCUAGCCUGCGGGAUGUUGUGAAAGUGAAAAAAACAAGAGCAUUGCUUGCACCGACAAUAUCCCUUCACAUCUUUUCCAAUCUUAAACAGCUGAGGGUUUGCAAUUGUUUAAAAUUGAAGAAGCUUUUUCCAUGUGAGCUGCUGCAGGGUCAGGGCCUCCAAAACUUGGAGCUAAUUGAGGUGAAACAUUGUUGGGGGAUGGAGGAAAUAAUAGGGUGGGAAAAAGAAGAGGAAGGAAAUCGAACAACUACUCCAAUAUUGAUCACUCUUCCAAAAUUAAGGAUAUUGGAGUUGCAUUGCCUAUCAAAAUUGAAGAGAAUCUGCCCCGAAAGAGGAGUAAUGGUUUGUGAAUCUCUCAAUAGCAUCAGAAUAUCGACCUGUGUGAAGGUAAAGAGGAUUCCCCUUUGUCUUGGAAGGGAAAACGUGCAACCAUCUCUUCCUGCUGUCAAAUCUAUCUAUAUUGACAAUCCAAAUGAAUGGUGGGAAUCGUUGGAGUGGGAGAAUCCUGACGAUAAGAUUGUCCUUCUACCUUUCCUCAGAUGUAAUGAGUUCGGGUAAGUCUCAUUAGUCUCCCUUUUUCUAUCACUUGCAUUCCAUUAUCUCUUCUCUCUGGUAUUUCAUAAAUAACUGUUUCUAUCUCUUGUUUCUGAAUGAAUCCAAGUGUUAAUCUCCGUUGAUUUGCUCAAUUAUCUAAUCUUGACUGAUUUGCUAAUAAGAUGUCUAUCUCGCUAAUUCCUUUUUUGAUUAUUCACAGCGGCAACGCUUGGGUACUUAUUAAUUAUAGGUCUGUUUAGCGUUUCCUUCUGCCUCUACGAGUUUCAAUUAUCAAUUGACUAGUUUCUAAUGCGCAGCUCAGCUCAGGUAUAUAUGUCUGUUGAUUUGCUUAUGAUGAGAUGUCCAUCUCCCUUAAUUGGAUGCUAAUUCCAUUUUGAAUUAUUCACUCUUAGGGAGCAAGCUCGUGAAUGGAUUUCCUGAGUCAUCCAUUGAAUAUCAAUCUGGUCAAUCUUUGUUCACUUUCUAAUGCCCAGUCCAUGUAUAUAUGUUUAUAUUUUUCUUGAACAUUUUUCUUUUUUCCUUUUUUUUUUUCUUUGGCUGACUAAUAUUUGCAUCCUUAGAAUUAAGUAAUUUCUCCAUACAUGUUGGUGCAGGCUACGUCUCUUACCAUCUCAAACCUAUUUCUUCAACUCAGCAACAUAUACAGCUAAGGAAAACAGGAAAAAAAUGGGACUCACACUCACUUCAAUCCAAUGAAAUCUCUGUUGUAAUUUGUUGUUUUGUACUAUGGAUAAACUUUGUUUAGUACUAUGGAUAAACUUUGUUUAAUUAAUGCUUGUUUAAGUGAUAUUUAUUUUAUUUUGUGUUGUAAUAAGCAAUAAAAUAGAUUUGAGAAA